UUUUUUUUUUUUUUUUUCUGUUAAACAGUCAAUGUAUUAUGAAAACAAAGUAUCACAUGUGUUUUAUUAGCUUUUAUUAUUAGUCUUUGUACUGUGAAACGAUACAUUUUUUCACUAUAAAUUGCUUCUAGACCAUAGCCAGCACUCGCCACUUAUUGAACAGCUUUGGUUUUCUCCAAAAAAAUGGCAUGCAAUUACACAACUCUCUCUCUCCCCUGUGUUGGGAAGGUCGUGCCAGCUGUUGAGCCACCGACUCUCAACACAAACCUAAAGUACACAAGUAAAUCUUGCACAAAGACAUUAAGUACUGUUUCGAGAGUAGAAGUUCCUAAUAUUGUCGGAAAGUUCGGAAACUUUGGAGGAAAGUUUGUAGCCGAAGUUCUGAUAACCCCGUUAGCAGAACUUGAGUACGAGUUCAAUUCCGUUUUGCUUGAUGAUGAGUUUAAGAUGGAGGUAGAAACUGCACUGAGGGACUAUGUAGGACGUGAAACGCCUCUUUACCAUGCCCAAAAGCUUACAGAUAACUACAAGAACAUCAAUGGAAGAGGGCCUGAAAUAUAUAUUAAGAGAGAGGAUCUAAGUCAUGGAGGAUCAUACAAGAUGAACAAUGUUGUUUCACAAGCGAUUUUGGCAAAACGGAUGGGCCGAAAGAGUAUUAUAACAGUGACAAGUACCGGCCACCAUGGUGUUGCAGUAGCUGCUGUGUGUGCUAAGUUAUCUCUAGAUUGUACUGUUUUCGUUGGAACCAAAGAUAUACUAAGAAAACCUUCAAAUGUGCAACUAAUGGAGUUGCUUGGAGCCAAGGUUAAGCCUGUUGAUGGAGGUUUCCAGGCAGCAGCUUCAGAAUCAACUAGGGAAUGGAUAGAAAAGCUACAAACUGGCUAUUACUUAGCUGGAACGGCUGUGGGCCCGCACCCAAUCCCGACCAUGGUCCGUGAAUUCAAUUCUGUGAAUGGAAAAGAAACAAGGAAGCAAGCAAUGGAGAAGUGGGGUGGGACUCCAGAUAUUUUGAUAGCCUGUGUGGGGACUGGUUGCAAUGCAUUAGGUCUCUUUCAUGAAUUUAUAAGUGACAAAAACGUACGGAUGAUUGGUGUUGAGGGUGGUGGAGUAGGAGGUAACACCGGUGAGUUACAUUCGGCUAGUCUUGUAAGAGGUGAAGUUGGUGUUUAUCAUGGAGCCAUGUGUUAUUUGCUACAAGAUGGAGAUGGCCAAAUCACAAAAACACAAUCGGUUGCUAGUGGAUUGGAGUUUCCAGGUGUAAGCCCAGAGCUAAGUUUUCUAAAAGAUGCUGGCAGAAUUGAGUGUUAUACAGUUAAUGAUGAAGAAGCUCUUGACGCAUACAAAAGACUAUGUCGUCUUGAAGGGAUAGUUCCUGCAUUGGAGGCGUCUCAUGCCUUGGCAUAUCUUGAAAAGCUUUGCCCAACGCUACCUAAUGGGGCGAAAGUUGUAGUUAACUGUAGCGGUAGCGGGUACAACGAUGCCACUACAGUCCUCAAAAGUUUUCAAAUGGAUGAAAUUUAAUAUAUAUGUGUUAGAAAGUGAAUAGCAGAAUUAGAUCACUACUAAAACCAAUGCUAUUGUAACUUACUAAGUUAGAAGUCAAAGAUAAAAGUCAAUUGUGGUUUAGAAACAAGAUUUAUCAUCCAAUAGUUAUGUUAGUUAGGUAGUUACAAAAGCGGUUAUUUAACCGUCAAGUCUGUGGAAUAGAUACCCUCAUAUGUACCCAUAUUAAUUGUGAAAUGUAUAUAUAGUGUGCUUUUGUGUGUA